AUAAUUUUCAAAACGUAAGAGAAGCAUGUGAGACGAAUUCUGAAGCUUUGAAAAAGAUUGCUGAAAUGUGGAAGACCAGUUCUGAGAAUCCAAAAAUGGAUCAGGAUUUGAAAUAUAUAAAUACCAA